CUAAAAUGGAUGCCGAAGAAGAUCCGGUCGUGCACGAGGUGAAUGUCUAUCUGUCAAAGAGUUUGGCUGACAAUUUGUAUCUUCUUCAGUACCCUGUUCGCCCAUCUAGUAUGACGUAUGAUGAUGUCACAACAUUGGCAGCAAGAAUGAAACCAGAACAACAGAAGAUUGAACUGGAGUUACGAGUUAACACAGCAAGUGCCAAUUAUUCUAAAAGCAAAGGAGAGCAGAUUGCACUGAAUGUAGAUGGGGCACAGGACUAUGGUGGGGGAGAUGCUCCUGAUAGAUUUUAUAAAAGUGAUAAGAUGGACAAACAGGUACUGACAUCUUCACGAGUUCACCUCCCAUCAGCUAGGUAUGCUGCAGGUAUUCUCAAAGAUGGUGAGCUUCAUCUUACCUCCGUUCAUGGAGUGGUUCAGAUGAGACCAAGCUUUGGAUAUAUGGACAAGGCAGACACUAAAAUCAAAGAGGACAUAAAGGCACAAGAAGCUGGGGAGUCUUCCCAAGAUGAAGAGGAAGAAGCUAAACCAAUUCAUGUGAAAUUUUCCCGAGUUGAAAGUGAAGAAGCUAAAGCACGUCGUAAGGCAUCAUAUGGUUAUCUGCUGAAACAACAAGAUGAAGAGCCCUGGGUCAAAAUGAACUUCCACUCCCAACAUGCUGAUUUAUCCCAGGCAGUGCACCAGCAGCUCACCUCCAAUGUGUCCCAACCUGUAUCUGAACUACAUUCUACUCCCAAUGAAUUCCUUGAAAAAUUGAUUGAAAAACCGAGUGAAUCCAAUAGUGAGAAACCUGCUCUUCCAACUAACGUGAUAUCACUGACCCAAUUACGUAACAUGCCAGUCAGUGAUCAAAUCAGAUCCCUUCUCAUCAAUGCCAAAGUAAUAAAAUUCAGCACACUAAUGCAACUAUUGCCAAAGAACACAGAUGUGACAGCUGCACUACGUCCAUUACAGCAGGUGGCCAUGUUGGUCCAAGGUUGCUGGGUCGUCAAAAGUGAUGUUCUCUACCCAAAGGAUACCUGUAGUCCCCACAGUGGUGCAUCCUCUGAUAUUUUGUGUCGAAGUAGAGAUUAUGUCAUGUGGAAGUUUACUCAAAGUCGACAUGUUAUAAGGAAGGAAAUCACAUCAGUCAUUAAGCUAUCCACUGAGGACGUCAGGGCAAUUUUAGAACAGAUGUCCAAAGUUAAGGCUCAUCAUGGAUGGGAGUUUAUACAGGAGACAGAUAACACAUUCUUAUCAAGACACCCGGAGGUAGCUCAAAGACAAACCAUGCUAUGGGAAGCCAAGUACCAACAACUUUGUAAGCAGCUUAAGCUGACUGCUGUCAAAGAAGAGAAAAAAGAUGGAGGUAUGUCUCCCCCAGAAAGACCUAAAAGACGCCGAACGACAUCUAAAUCUCGACGUUCAUUUUCUGAUCACAGUGAUACAGAUUCUGAUGCACCUAAAACAGAAGUUAAAAAUGAAAACAUUGACACUAGUAGACUGAGUGGUGGAACAGCUGUUGCUAAUGGCCCUGUUAGAGCCAGGCGACGUUCAUCUAGUGAUCAAGAUAAAGAUAAACGUAAAAAGGAACUCCAUUUAUUUAUUAAUGAGAAAAUUAGUGAGAUGGGGGUGGUGACAUUUAGUGAACUCAAGCGCCAGUUUCAGUUAAAGUUAGCGUCCUGUCCCCCAGGACAUGUACUGGGUACAGGAGUCUCUGACAGAAUGCUACAACAAGCUGUCUUGGAUUGUGGCGGUGAACGUCUCAAGAGUGAGUGGCCACCUAAAGUAACAAAGGAAGAGCUGUUCAUAUUCUAUAAACCAGGAGAUUCUACUUAUGUUCAGACGAGGCAACGAAUGUUGGAGAUGUUCCAUCUGGACUCUAAGAUUCGUCUCCAUGUCCUCCAGCAACUUCUCAAUGAUAAAGAGGGCUUAACUCUAACAGCUCCAGAGAUUAAAAAUAUAGUAAAGGACUACUGCGUGCCUGGGAAAAAUGGCCUGUGGUAUCUAAAGGGCACACAACCAACUGAUAACUCCUAGCACAGCCUUUGAUUAGUCUAAGGAUAUUAUGAAUAGAAAAUCAGGAGAACCGUAAUCUGAAGAAAAGCACAGCUAUCAGAGCAAAGAUUUCAAUUAAUAAAAUAGAAUUAAUGUGCACUUUUCAUGAUGUUGGACUACAAUUUUCAAUUUGGAACAUUUCAAAUUUCUGGAUAAAAAUUAGCAGUAGGGCUCUCGUGUAUGAUGGUCUUACAUCUCAUGUAGCCAUAACCAGUUUUAAGUAAUUGAGCCAUUGGAUAUAUUACAGCUUUAAAGACAUAUUCAGAGGUUUGACUUUUGACUAUAAAUAUUGCAAUAAACAUCUCCCAUGGGUAAAUAUACAGGGUGACCCAAUCUUUUGCAUUUUUUCAUGUAAAGGAUGAUCCAAAAUCUUGCAUGUUUUCAAGUAUAGGGCAAGCCAAAAUCUUGCAUGUAUUCAUGUACAGGGUGAACCAAGCAUAUGUAAUAUGCAGUUUCAUGUUGUCCAUUGAUGUAAUCGUAUGUCUAUGCAUCACUUAAAUGUAUAUGAUCAUUGAUGAAUAUGAAAUGUAAAGAAAUAUGGAAUAUGAGGGGAAAAUUGGAAUAUGAUGGUUGAUUAGGAAGUUUUGGAGUUAGAAAAAUGAAUACGAAAAAUUUAAAUGUGGAAUGUGUAGUUUGGAGAAAUUAUGAAUAUGAAGCUAAAAAAGUUAAAAAUUACGUCCCCUGGGCCCUCCACAUUUUAGGAGUUAUCAGAAAUCUAGAAAAAGCCUACAUUUGCAGUAACACCGUCAGGUCAGGUAGUUAAUGAGCUGAGAUACAGUAUUAGCUAUACGAUAUGAAUGGUGUCGUUUUAUUAUGUUUAUGUAUAAACCUAAAGUAAAAAUAAAAAAUGCAUUCAU